UUUAUCAUCUUCUUUGUUUCCAAACUACACCCUAUUUUAAACGGUAGAGGGGGAAAAGUUGGGAUUUUGAAAUUUAAAUUUAUUUUAUUUAAAGUGGAAUUAACCUUUUUGUUUAUUUCCAGCUCACUCACUUACUCACUAUAUAAUUAACUUGUUCCCUUUCUAAACAAUUAGGGGUUUUGGCUAAUUUCCGGAUUUUUUUGAUCACUAAUCUCUUAAACUUGUUCUUCUGUUUCAUUUUUCUCAGUGAGAAAUGGGUCAGAUCCAGUACUCUGAUAAGUACUUCGAUGAUACCUACGAGUAUAGGCAUGUAGUUCUUCCUCCUGAAGUAGCGAAAUUGCUGCCAAAGAACCGUCUGUUGUCUGAAAAUGAGUGGCGGGCAAUUGGAGUUCAACAGAGUCGAGGAUGGGUUCACUAUGCUGUUCAUCGACCCGAGCCACACAUCAUGCUCUUCAGGAGGCCACUCAACUAUCAGCAGCAACAAGAGAACCAAUGAAGAUACAUGUUACUUGUUUCUUUUCAACGUAUCUUAUAUAAAUGUCUAGCUAAAUAUCUGCUUCUAGUAUGCUAAACCCGGUAAUGCUUUGCUCUUUAUUAGUUGACAGUUUUAUGUUGCUGUUGCUUGGAUGUCUAGCUAAUGUCUCGAUCAACACUUGUAGUUCUUUUGCAGUUUGUUAUAUUGGCAUAUUUUGGUGUUGUAAGUUCGUCUGCUUGAUGAGCUUAGCUCAAGAAAAACAAUGUCUUUUUUAAUCUGGAUUCUGAUGCCUGUACAUGAUAAAGUAGCACAGAAAUCACUAUCACUUGUUGGUGUCUUGUGCUUAGUCCUA